UCAGCUCGCUCGCGCAAGUUGCGUUUUUGCAAAUAGCUGUGGCCAUGGCCGCCUGUUAGGACCAGCGUCCUCCCCCAAGGCCAGCGCAGGAUGACGGAGGAGGUGUGCCGGACCCGCAGCCAGAAGCGAGCCCUUGACCCCGACCCGGAGGGCGCUGAUGUGGAGAGCAAGAAAAUAAAGAUGGAGAGGGGACCGUCGGCCUCCGCGCUGACCACGGAUGGAGACGCCAGCGCCCCGCCAGAGCCGGGCCCUGGGCGGGCAGCCGAGGACGCCGCCGCGGGCAGAGGCGAAGGGCUGGCCGGGGACGGGCCCGUGGACAUGCGCACCUCGCACAGCAACAUGAAGCCCGAGAAGAGACCCCCCUCGCCCGACGUGAUCGUGCUGUCGGACAACGAGCAGCCGUGCAGUCCGCGGGUGAACGGGCUGGCCAAGCUGGCCUUAAAGGAGACAGGCACCGAGGCCCUCCUGAAAAGCAGCCCGGAGGGCCGGGAGCAGAUGAUCAAGCAGCUGAAGGAGGAGCUGAGGCUGGAGGAGGCCAAGCUGGUCCUGCUGAAGAAGCUCAGGCAGAGUCAGAUCCAGAAGGAGGCCGCCACGCAGAAGCCUGCAGGCUCUGGCGGGAGCGCCGUCACCACCCCUCCUCCGCUCGUGCGGGGCACCCAGAACAUUCCUGCUGGCAAGACGUCCCUGCAGACCUCCGCGCGCGUGCCAGGCAGCGUCAUCCCGCCGCCCCUGGUGCGGGGUGGGCAGCAGGUGUCCUCCAAGCUGGGGCCGCAGGCCAGCCCGCAGGUUGUCAUGCCCCCGCUCGUCAGGGGCGCCCAGCAAAUCCACAACAUCAGACAGCAUUCCGCCACCGGCCCACCGCCCCUCCUCCUGGCGCCCCGGGCCUCCGUGCCCAGCGUUCAGAUUCAGGGUCAGAGGAUCAUCCAGCAGGGGCUCAUCCGUGUGGCCAACGUCCCCAACACCAGCCUGCUCGUCAACAUCCCACAGCCCACCGCAGCGUCGCUGAAGGGAGCGUCGGGCGCGGCGGCUCAGGCCGGCCCCACGCCCAGCAGCGUGGCCUCGGCGGUCGCCUCCGCUGAGUCUCCGGCCAGCCGCCAGGCGGCGGCCAAGCUUGCCCUGCGCAAACAGCUGGAGAAGACGCUGCUGGAGAUCCCCCCGCCCAAGCCCCCCGCCCCCGAGAUGACCUUCCUGCCCAGUGCUGCCAACAACGAGUUCAUUUACCUGGUGGGCCUGGAGGAGGUGGUGCACAACCUGCUGGAGACCCAAGCAGGCCGGCUGCCAGUGGCCACGCCCGUGCUGUCCCGAGAGCCAUACACCUGCGCACAGUGCAAGACAGACUUCACCUGCCGCUGGCGUGAGGAGAAGGGCGGGGCAGUCAUGUGCGAGACAUGUAUGACGUCCAAUCAGAAGAAGGCUCUCAAGGUGGAGCACACCAGCCGCCUGAAGGCCGCCUUCGUCAAGGCCCUGCAGCAGGAGCAGGAGAUCGAGCAGCGCCUGCUGCAGCAGGGGCCCGGCACCGGGCCCCCCAGCGCCAAGGCCGAGCCCGCCGCCCCGCACCCCGUGCUGAAGCAGGUCACAAAGCCCCGGCGGAAGCUGCCGUUCCGCUCAGGAGAGGCCCGAGGCUGGAGUAAUGGGGCGGCGCUACAGGCCUCCAGCCAGCUGGCCCGGGGCUCGGCCACACCCCGGGGUGUGCUCCACACGUUCAGCCAGUCACCCAAGCUACAGAACACCGCCUCGCCCACCGCCCUGGUGAGCAGGACCGGCAGACAUUCCGAGAGGGGCUCGGGUCGGGGCGCGGCCUCCAGCUGGAAGAAGACUCCCCUGAGCACAGGGGGUACCCUGGCCUUCGUCAGCCCGAGCCUGGCUGUGCACAAGACCUCGUCCGCCGUGGACCGCCAGCGAGAAUACCUCCUCGACAUGAUCCCCCCGCGCUCCAUCCCCCAGUCGGCCACGUGGAAAUAGUGGGAGCCAGGCCCCGCGGGGGCCACUCGCCCCGCCCCGCCGCCCGGGCGCGGCGUCGGACAGGACCAGAACU